UCUCUCUCUCUCUCUCUCUCUAACAGCCAUUGCCACUGAUUGAAGGCUUUCUAAUGGCGAACUCGGGCGAGUCUGAUCAACCUGAGCAAUCCGAACCAGUCUGCAACUUCUUUAGAAAGCCAUCAAAGAACAAAAAUAUCCGGAAACGCCCUUCUUUUCAAGAGGAAGAUAAUGAAGAUGAAGAUUUAAAAUCUGAAGGUGCAGUGGUAUAUAAUAAGAAAAAGCCCACAAUGGCUGACAAUAGGCUACACUUCUCUACAGGAUCAUCUGAGCGCCUUAAAACCUCAAAAUCUGAUGCUGAAUCUGAAACCCCGAUAUUUCAAUUUGAGUCUUCGAAAGAGAUUCAGGUUCAAAACGAUAGCCGGGCAACAGCAACUUUGGAGACCGAGACUGAGUUCACCAAAGAUGCUCGGGCAAUUCGAGAGAGAGUUCUUAAGCAAGCAGAGGACACAUUGAAGGGGAAAAACAAGAGCACUGGUGAUGAAAAAUUGUAUAAAGGGAUUCAUGGGUAUACUGAUCACAAGGCUGGGUUUCGAAGAGAGCAUACAGUUGCUGGUGAGAAAGCUGGUGGGUCUCAUGGGCCUCUCAGGGCAUCUGCUCAUAUUAGAGUGUCAGCGAGGUUUGACUAUCAACCAGACAUUUGUAAGGAUUACAAAGAGACUGGUUAUUGUGGGUACGGGGAUGCAUGCAAGUUUAUGCAUGACAGGGGUGAUUAUAAGCCAGGAUGGCAGUUGGAAAAGGACUGGGAGGAAGCAGAGAAGGCAAGGAAGAGAAAUUUGGUUAUGGGAGGGGAUGAUGAAUAUGAGGGACGCGCUGAUCAAAGUGAUGAAGAUUUUGAUGAUUCAUUGCCUUUUGCAUGUUUUAUUUGUAGGCAGCCUUUUGUGGAUCCUGUUGUAACAAAGUGCAAGCACUACUUUUGUGAGCACUGUGCAUUAAAGCAUCAUCGGAAUAACAAAAAGUGUUUUGUAUGCAACAAGGAAACCCAUGGCAUAUUCAACACUGCUUUCGAGAUACGCAAAAGGAUGGCUGCUGAGAAAAGUUGAUGGGCCCGAGCAUUCUUAUGUUUGUUCACAAGUUGGUCUUCUACUCAUGAAUGAGUAGUUUUUUUUUUUCUUUAGACAGAUAUUAGUUUCAGAACCAAUAUGAUGUACUUAAAUUCAGUGUUUGUUAAUUAAUUCAUGUGAUCACACGUGAAUUUUGGAUCGCUACAUCCGUGUGGGUUGGCCCUUAAAUUCUGUUCAUUGUUGUAUUCAAAAGCCUGUGUAUGAUUAUGGAUUUAUGCCAUCUUUGCAAAUUUUAGGGUUACGCCAACAUGUGGG